GGCACGUGAUCGUUCUAUUACUCGGGGAUCGCUUGGCUGGGUCUAGAGCGGUGUGAACUACGCUCUUGCUACCCAUAGUGCAGCGCGAAGCAGACAUGGCUGGCGUACUGAAGAAGACCACUGGCUUAGUUGGAUUGGCUGUUGCCCAAAAUCCUCAUGAACGCUUGAGAAUAUUAUAUACAAAAAUUCUUGCUGCGCUGCAGACCAUUCCAACGGAUGCCGCCUACCGGAAAUAUACAGAACAAAUUGUAAAAGACAGAUUUAAUGCCGUAAAAGCGGAAAGCAAUGUUGAGAAACUGGAGGAGAAGAUUAACUGUGGCCAAAUAGAAGAAGUCAUUGUACAGGCAGAAAAUGAACUGUAUCUGGCAAGAAAAAUGGCAGAGUGGAAGCCUUGGGAGCCCCUUAUUGAAGAACCUCCUGCAAAUCAGUGGAAAUGGCCAAUCUAGGAACUCUGUUACCUGUACAUAUUUGUGUAUACAUUGGGGAGAGGAGACAU